AUUUUUUUUUCAUUCAUUCUUUGAAAAUGCAAGUGUUUGGAUUGCGUAGUGCAAGUUGCUUAAACCCUCGACUGCGUAGCCAGACAUAUUAUGUUGCCUCAGAUUGACAGUUUUUAUAUUCCGCAGUUUAAGGGAUAAUGAGAUUUUAAUUAAAACAAAUGAUUAUAGGAAAAGUUUCAUGAAAUGUCUACUUUACUUAGCGGCGAGGUUAUACGUAGUUUAACUGCAAAAAGUAAUACACCUUUAGUUUUUCGGGGUUUUGUUAAUUGGCCUGUAUGCCAAUGGGAUUCGGAGAAAUGGUGCUCGGUGUUUGGCGACAAGGAAAUACCUUUUCGAUGUCUGAAAAGAGAUUUCGUCUCCGACGAGCCCUGUUGGGAGAGGAAGUGCAAGUUGAAAUCAAUGACGUUCAAAACUUUCGUGGACAGUUUGGAAAGUAGUGAUGAAUGGAUGUAUUUUGACUACAAGUAUCUCCAUCAAUGGUUUGGGGCUGAUACUGAAUUGAACAAGGCAGUUUCAUGGAAAGACUUUGGGUACCCUGACAAAGGUGCUGCAGAAACUACACUGUGGGUAGGCAGCCGCGGAGCUCACACUCCGGCCCAUCAGGAUACGUAUGGAUUCAACAUUGUAGCUCAACUUCAUGGCAUAAAACGAUGGAUAUUGUUUCCCCCAGAAACUGGUGGAUUAAAGCCUACAAGAGUGCCCUAUGAAGAGUCCAGUGUUUACAGUGAAUUAAACUUCUAUUGCCCCAGUAAUCUAGAUGUUUUCAAUGGUUUGACUGGUGGGCGCAUGGUUGAACUAAGAGCUGGCGACGCCCUCCUGGUGCCACGAGGAUGGUGGCAUUAUGUACAGAACAUAGAUCCAUUAAACAUCACACUGAACACUUGGCUUCCACAUGAUAGAGAUGGCACUACACGGGUGUCUGAAGCAUUAAUCAAGAUAUUGGUAGCACAAAUAUGUAAGGAUUUGCCUCAAGAGACAUCUAAACUGCUUGUCAACCCAAAUGAGGAUGACAUAGCAGACACGCCAUUAGCAGUAUUGUUCUUGCAACUAGAAACAGUCGCGAACACGUAUUUAGACAACCGGCGAAAGACGCGCCGCGUGAAACGUCAAAGGACUUGCGAUGAUGACGUAACGGCACCUGUUUUAGAAGAUUACGACCUAAAAACCUUGCUGGAAAACGAGGCGAAUAAUCUAGAAGUAGUUCCUAAUAUAUCCAGUGAAGAUCUGAUUAACCUAGUCAAGCGGAAUCUGAGAGAGUACGCGAAUUGUAAUCGGUCGUUAGAUGAAGACGAAGUGGACGGCUCGACUACUAGUUUGUGCCUCACCAAAGCGGUCAUAGACGCCUUCAGCCAAGGCAACGUGAUAGAACUUGUGAAACAGAAUUUGUUCACACGAUUGAGCCAAUCUUACUAGAAUAAUUUAUUAGUCCAUACUUGGAAAGCAAAGUUGGAGCUGAAGCCGUGUACUCUUCAUUAUCGGUGAGUGUCUUACCUCUUCUCUUGUAAAGAGAGGCAUACUUUUUUGUGGACAUGUAAGGGAGAGUUGCGCACAUUUUGCUCCUCCAUCAUUAGGGACGGAUCUAUCCAAUUUUCUCCUUCUUUGACUGUUUUCCCUCCGUCCAUUCAUGUGAAUUAUGAUAAGUUGUACGGCUCUAGUAUGUCUAGUGAAUAGUAUUUUGAUACUUACGUCGUAAUAUUGCUAUAGUUAUUUACGCAAAAUGUGAUACCUUGACCCCAAUUAAACGGCACAAAGGUGUUAAUUAUUAUAAGAUGAUUUUGUCGUAAAAAUAUUACGCCUGUUAUAAAUCUUUAAAUGUAACAUGCAGUUCAUAAUGUAGAGACACGUGAGAUUUCAAAUGCAAUAAAUCGAUUUCACGGUGAGCGAUUCAAUCGUCGUACUUAUUUUAUAUGGCAGUAAAGUGCAGUAACAUUCUUUGUUACUAUGAGAAAGUAGGAUAUCUUUUAAGACUGAAAUUUUAAACUGAAAUAAAUUAGUUUAUAAUUAAGUAAGAAAGAAACGAGCAAGGAGUGAGAGCAUUGCCAAGUUCACGUAAUAAAUCUUUAUUGUUACUAUACAACUAAGUAUCAAUUUACUUACAAAAAUACAAUCUUUGAAAUUAUCCACUUAUAAGUUAUCUGGCCAGGCCAAAGAACUUAUUGUUAUUUAAAAUAUUGUGCAUUCUUCGAUAGAAAUAAAAAAAAAAAAAAUUAUUUUUAUUCAAAACGAUUUUUUUUUAUACAAAAUUAACAAAGUUAGUUAAGGCCUAUAGGUAAUGUUGCAUAUUUAUGCUUAUCGCUAUGUAUUUUGUGAUUAUUUCUAGUGAUGAACUUCGAGGAAUGAACCAAAGAAUUGCCGACCAGGCGAUUCAGGCAAAGCUAUUAUUAUUGGUUAGUAACAAUUGUUUUGAACUGAGGCGAAUUUCUCUCACGCUGAAUAUAUGACGUUAACGUAUAAGUUUGAAUGUGGUUGUAUUCAAAUUGGCGCGAAUUUUGUACAAAGUUUGUACUAAAUACUACAGUGCGUAUUAAAAACGGCAAAAAGCAGUCUUGUUAUUGCGCAAGUCCAUAAUUAUACAGCACAAAACAACUGCAACAACUACUUCCAUAGUAAAACGGGAGCAAUAUCAAAAUAUGUAGUGGAAAAUAUAGAGCGUUUCAAAUUCCAUCACACAUUACGAGUACCUAUACAUACCUACCUACAUUUUAAAAUUUAAUAUUACAGAACGGAAUAAAUAGUUAAAAUUCGUGUAGAAUUCGGCUCAAUUUUAACAGCAUAACAGCAUUACCUGUAACUUUACUUUAAAUAUAGUGUUCAUAAGCGAAAUAUCGUUGUAGAUACUAUAAUAAUAUUAUACAAGUAUUUUACAAA